UCUUCACCGUUGAAUUUAAUGAAACCUAUGAAAAAAUAUUGGAUAAUUUAAAUGAAUGGGGUAUUGGAGAUCGUGAGGGAUCCACAGUGUCGGUAAUGAAUUGUUUAACCUCAAAAACUUAUUCACAAAAAGUCGAUAACGAUGUGGAAAAUGACUUUAGUACAGAAAAUAAUAUAGAACAAAAGCAAAGCGCCUGGGAGCGUUUUAUGAAUUCGGUGCGCAGUCGUUUGAAUGUAGCAAAUAUAAUACGUGAUGUAAGGCAAGAUGCUUCUAUUACUUUUGACUUUGUAGUGCUGGUGGUAUCGGCAGCAAUUUUGGCUUCUUUUGGUUUGGUAGAGGAUAGUACCAUAUUUUUAGCCUCUAGUAUGCUGAUCUCACCUUUAAUGGGCCCCAUUAUAGCGGCCAUUUUUGGCACUGUCAUCAAAGAUCAUUCAUUGCGCAGUUUGGGAUUAAGGAAUGAGCUGUAUGGGAUAUUAAUGGCAGUAUUAGUAGGUUUCCUGUUUGGCAUGGUGGUUUGCACCACCGAUGAUCGCUAUAGCAUUGGCGACGGCCUUACAGAUGAAAUGAUUGCACGCUGUGAAUUACACUCGCUUAUAGUGGGUGUAUUUACCGCCAUUCCCUCGGGUGCUGCUGCUGCUAUUGGCAUAUUGGGCGGUAAUAUAGGUUCUUUGGUGGGUGUGGCUAUUUCAGCCUCCCUCUUGCCACCUGCUGUUAAUUCGGGUCUUCUUUGGGCUUUGGCUUUAAUUUAUAAAUUUUUCGAAAAAGAUGAAUCACGCUAUAGUAAUGUGGUGAAAAAUACUCUCUAUUCGAAUAAUCAAGCUACCGAAUUGGCUAUUUUGGGAACAAUAAGCAUGUGUUUAACCAUUUCCAAUAUUAUAUGCAUUUAUAUUAUGGGCAUAUUAGUGUUAAAGGUUAAAGAAAUUGCUCCCGUGAUAUCGCGUAAUAAUCGUGAAUUUUGGAAACACGAUAUUAAAAUUGCCCGAGUACUUAAUCGUAAUGGCUUCGAUACGGAUACGGCCAUAAUUGAUGAAUUCGCCAACUUACCCAAGGAGGAUCAGAAAGCUUUGGGUAUUAGUUGUGAUUUUCUACGUAAUCUACACAUGGAUGAGGCUGUCUAUCAACACACUUGGUCCCCGGUGGGUGGUAGACAUCCAUUUGAACUUACCUAUGACCCGAUUAGAGAUAAUUAUUCUACCGUUCAUCGCAUAGAGAGGCUAUACUCGACUAUAACUCAGCAGCAUUCUAUGAAGGAGAAAAGGCACAGAUUUGGUUUGGGUCGCCGUCCUACCGGUCGCUUAACAGACUUUGGUACUAGCUACAAAAUUCUUAGUGAAAAUAUACCACGUUGUUCCACUAUGCCCACAAAAGUUGCAUGUCCCACCAUAAAUAUAAUAAAUGCCGAUACCACCAUAACAGCCGGUUCUUUGGCUAGUGAUUCAAAAGGUACAUCUGCCACAAAUACACCCACUGGCAUGAUUGAUCCCAGUAAGAGGAGAAAAUUUAUUGUUACACCAGCCCAAGAGGAUCCUUUACAAUAUACGUAUGUCCCCUCGGAAGAUACUGAUGCCUAAUGGUUUUCCUUUAAAUAUAAACUAUUGUAUUUUCUUUUAUUUUUUUUUUUUCAUUGUAUAAUUUAUAUUGUUAUACUAAUUGGUCAGGGUUAUGAUGUAAUAUCUUUAAAAUGCUGUUUAGUUUUAUAUGCAGCCUUGCUUGUAUUUCCAUUUUGUUUAGUUCAAUUUUGUCCUUCCUUUUUUCUUGUAAAUGUUUAAUAAGGAUUUUUUGGCCUUUAAUUUAAUAAAAAAUAAAAUAAUGUUUUUUUGGUAA